UAUUUAUUUACUAAUAAAAUCGGCCAACUAAACUGAUUGUAAGUUUUUAUCAGCCGAGAGGCACUUUGAAUUGCAUAAAUUAUUUGUUCUUUAGAGAUAAAAGCGACUAUGAAAGCCUAGAUAUUACCCUGACGAUAAUUUCCGAAGUGCAUGAUUGGUCUUUGAAAAAAAUCGCCCUCUGAUACUCAAAAGUUAUCGACGAGCUUUAUUACUUCAAAAAGCUUAUUAGAAAAAAAACCGAUUAGGAUAGGAAGACUUUUAUUUGGCCGCUGGCAAGCAUAAUAAACCAGACGCUUUUAACCAGUCUGUCAAAAAUUAUUUCCUUCAGGUUGCUAGCGAUUUUGAAAAGAAAUGAGCGCUGCUGUGAACUUGCCACCAGAAGAUAAACCGAUUUCGGAAACUAAUCAGGAGCAAGACGACAAAUUCUUGAAUCUGGAUUGGACAAAACACCGAGAACCGAAUGGAGGGGAACGUAUGUCUCCCGAGCCGGUGUCUGAACAGUUGCUAGAAGAGGUCGGAGUUGCCCAACAUCGCAUCUUUCUACUGGUCAAGGAAUUAGCCGAAUAUGCAACUCCUCAAAUCCUUCAACUGCCAUCUCUACUUGGGAUUCUUUGGACUCUAGUUUAUGUCGGCUUUUUAACUUUAACAGUUUCACAAAUGGUUUCGCUCGUUCAAAACUACUUGAGUUACCCGACAACCAUUAGUAUCCGAGUCGUGUUUUCCGAGUCUUUGGAUUUCCCAGCUGUAACAGUUUGCAACGAAAGUCCUCUGAGGAAAACUCGAGUCUUGCAAGACCGCCGGUACCAAGACCUCGCUUUACUGGAUGAUUAUUUAGCCAGUAAAGUUCUUACAUCUUCGAAAAACAAUAGGAUGGCACAAUGCAAGCGUGACAGCGAUUAUAAAUGCCCGUCUACGGGUGUUUGCAUACCUGAGAAAUGGAUUUGCAAUGACGUCGUAAAUUGCGAAGAUGAAAGUGAUGAGAAAAACCCAGACUUCGACUGCGCUCAAAUCAAGUCUGAUCGUGAUGCUAACCUGACAACUGCCCAAGGUCAUUGUAAUUGGCCAUCGUUGAUGUGCCCAGAAGAAACCUGCGCAAUUGCGUGUGAUGGCGUUGCGGAGUGCAUGGAAAGCAACUACGACGAAAGUGACUAUUUGGGAUGUGACGCCACAAGAUCAAAACGGAAUGCCGCCGAUCAAGUUCAAAGCCGAAAAAAAUUUUUCAACAAUAUUUCACAAGAAUCUUCAUUUUACCGACAGAAAAGAAACGAGUACAUUAAAAACCUUGAAUCUUUUGAUCCGUUAGACUAUUUUUCUUUUUACUUUGCCUCAAAUAACAAUCGUGCUGCGUUACGUAAUGCUCUGGCCUUCGAUCAAACUUUAAUGAGAAGCUAUGGAUUCCAUGCCGAAGAUUUCCUUAUCCAGUGUUCUUUUAACCACCAAAAAUGUGAUUACACCGAUUUCCAAACUUUCCAACACACUCACUUUGGGAAUUGCUUUACUUUCAACUCGGCUCUGUCAGAAAAUACUUCGAGUUCUUUCAAAAAUCUAACUUCUUCCAAAACGGGAGAGCCUUUUGGGUUUAAAUUGACUGUGUUCCUUAACGUUGACGAGUAUAUUGGUUUAACUGCGCCCCUAACAGGCGUUCGAGUGGUUGCGCACCAUCCAAAAUGGAGUCCAAAUAUCUACAGUCAGGGUUCCGUGGUCGAGGCGGGAAAAGCGCUACUGAUGGCCCUGGGAAGAAAAGAACUGCACAAAAUGGGCGGAAAGUACGGAAAUUGCAGCUACACCUGGCCGGAUUUUUUGAACCUCAAUAACAAAACGAAAGAUUCGCGUGAGUUGUACGACUUGUCGGACUGUCAAUUUUACUGUCGUCAAAACGCGUUAGCUUUACGUUGUGGUUGUGUCGAUAGCUACGACCAAGAUUUCAGGUCUUAUACAAGAAUUCUAGCAGACAAAUCUGAUGAGAAAACUUUGAGGAGUCUUUGGGUGGUGAGGGGGUCAGUGCCCAAGAAGGGGAGGUCUGCGUCCACCCCUUCCCCUCCUAAAUUUGCUACUGAUUACAUUGGCAUUAUCCGCCCCUGUAUAUAUGCCUGCUUGAAUUCAAUCAACUUCAGCGACGACAAAAAAGUGAACAAAGCCUCUUCACAAUACUGCGACAGUUUUAACGACACUCAACGUCUCUGUCGGCAAAGUAUUGAAGACGACUCGGAAACAGGGGCGCUGAACUGCCCGUGUCCCGAUGCGUGUUAUACGGUCAACUACUUCACCCAAGAGUCUUUAGCUUCCUGGCCAAGUGACGUUUAUUCGCCAUUCUUAGUGGAACAACUGCUCAAAUCCAAGUCACCUCAGGUGCAAAAUUUCAUCUCUGGAGUUCGUUCCCGUCCCAAUUUUUCGAACGAGGAUCUCUCGCGAGAACUGAGGAAAAACUUUGCACGCAUUAUGGUCUACUACAAGAGAAACAGCUACGAAAGAGUGUGGGAGAGUGCCGCUUAUUCGGUGACAGGACUCUUGAGCGACAUCGGGGGCAACAUGGGACUGUGGACAGGAUGGAGUGUCCUCGUAUUCUUUGAGCUUCUUCAGUUCGUCUAUAACUUAAUCCGACUUUGCUGCUGAAACUAAUGGGCUUAUGGUCCACUUCGCUCUGUAUCUUUGUGAUAGAAAAACUUGAAAGCAACUGAAAACGCGGCAAAACUUAAAAUUCGACAAAACUAGAGGAGAAAAAAUAUAUAUCCCCCUUCCCCAGUUUGUCAAAUUUCAACUGAUUUUAGAAAAAAUUGAGGUGCUUUCAAAAUUAGGUGCAUUUAUUACAAAUGUGCAUUCAUGUUUUGUUUAUUACUGAACAAAGCGCUGCUAUUCCCUAAAGGUACAAAUACUGAUACGUGACGCGAGCCUGCCCAAACUGGAAACUAGGCUUCGUUAUUGUAGCGAAGAGGCAGUGCGCCGAAGGCGCUAAGCUGAGCCGAUAAACCAGAAAGAUUUAACAACUCACUGGACAAAACGGUUGAUAGGAGUGAAGUGCACUGAACGACUUUCGUACUUGAAAAAUAAAAAUACACUU